AUGUUGGAAUUGAAUGGUGCUCUCGGCGAUCUUGACCUGUCGAGUAACAAGUUAUCAGGAGAAAUUCCACAGUGGAUCAGCGACAUGCCCUACAUCUACUAUGUUAACUUAUCCAACAAUGCCUUUGAGUCCAGGUUACCUGUGGGAUUAUUCAAGAAUACUGGCAUGUUGGUUAAGCUCAAUCUCAGCAACAACAGAUUUACUGGAGGAAUUGAUGAGGAUAUCGGGGAAUGGCCUGCGAUGCCGAGGAUUGAAUAUUUUGACGUGCCGAAUAACCCUUUAGGAGGAGUGGUACCAGAGUCUAUGAGGAAGAUGAAGAGGUUGAGGGAGGUGAGGAUGGCGAGAAGUGGGUUAACGGGUCAGAUACCAGAGGACUGUUGGACUUGGGGUGGCUUACUCUGUUUGACGUGUCAGAUAACGGGUUAUCUGGUCCAAUACCGAAUCACAAUGCCAGUGUUGCGGCCGAGGGGUUCAGGGGGAAUCAGGGACUUUGUGGGGAGCCAUUGCCACCGUGCAAGUUGUAUGGUUGAUUUCAGUUUGUAA